CCACCGCCUCCCGCGCACACACGGCCAUGGCGGAGGCCUCCUCGCUAGAGAGGCGGAGCCCUGGCCUGGCCUCUUGCCUCUCUCACAGCCUGUGCCCCGGGGAGCCCGGCUUGCAGACCACAGCAGUGGUGUCCAUGGGGUCCGCGGACCAUCAGUUCCACCUGGCGGAGAUCCUGUCUCGCAACUACGGUGUCCAGGAGGAGCAUGAGGGGGCCGCGCGGGGCCCAGAGAAGCCGGAGGAGGAGCUAGAGAAGGACUUCGGCUCCCAGAGCAGCGACAUGCCCCUUGACGAGCUGCUGGCCCUCUACGGCUACGAGGCCUCGGACCCCAUCUCGGAGCGCCAGAGUGAGGGCAGCGACGCCGCAGCCACCCUCCCGGACAUGACCCUGGACAAGGAACAAAUAGCGAAGGAUUUGCUUUCAGGGGAAGAAGAGGAAGAAACACAGUCCUCAGCUGAUGACCUCACCCCAUCUGUGACCUCCCAUGAGGCCUCUGACCUUUUCCCUAAUCAGAGUGGACCCCGCUUCCUGUCUGAUGCAGACAAGGAGCCUGGCUCCUCCAGCUCGUCGGACACCGAGGAGGACCCGCUUCCCGCCAACAAGUGUAAGAAGGAGAUCAUGGUUGGGCCUCAGUUCCAAGCCGACCUCAGCAAGCUACACUCGAACCGUCAGGGUGAGAAGAUCUAUGAGAAUGAAGACCAGCUGCUCUGGGACCCCAGCAUCCUUCCUGAGGGGGAGGUGGAGGAGUUCCUGUACCGGGCGGCGAAGCGGCGGUGGCACGAGGUGGCUGAGUCUCAGCUCCCGGAGGGAGAGGCGGUGAAAGACAGCGAGCAGGUGGGCGGCCCUGGGGGCGGAGGAGCCGUGGGGCCUGGGCCAGUGUGGUUGUGUGAUUGUGAGGAAUUCAAGGGAAACCACUUGUCCUGGGCAAUGGUGGCUCCUCUCCCCCAGGCACUGUAUGAGCUGGUGAAAUGCAACUUCAAUGCCGAGGAGGCCCUGCGGAGGCUGCGGUUCAACGUGAAGGUGAUCCGAGACGGGCUGUGCGCCUGGAGCGAGGAGGAGCGCCGCAACUUCGAGCACGGCUUCCGUGUGCACGGCAAGAACUUCCACCUGAUCCAGGCCAACAAGGUGCGCACACGGUCCGUGGGCGAUUGCGUGGAGUAUUACUACCUGUGGAAGAAGUCUGAGCGCUACGACUACUUCUCCCAGCAGACUCGGCUGGGCCGCCGGAAGUACGGCCCGUCGGGAACCACGGACGCGGACCAGGACCUGGAUGGCGGUGACCCCGAUGGCCCUGGUCGCCCCCGCUCCUCGCCGCCCCUGUCUCUGCCUGCCGCUGCCGAUGGCCCGGGCCCUGAGCGGGACCCCCUGACCCGGAUGCGCACCGAGCCCCUGAGCGUGGGCAGCAGCACGUCUGCGAGUCUUGGCGAGCCCGGGGAGUCCCCCGACAGCCCCCCGUCCUCGGAGCCAGGGCCCUGUUCGUUCCAGCCACCGGACGUAGACGCGCCCCCGGCCGUGCCCCUGCCUCGGCGGCCCCCAGCCCUGGCUGAGCCGGCCUUCUACUCCCCCACCAUGGCCGCUGCAGAGCCCGGUGCCAGCCCAAGGCUGGCUGUGGACUUGGCCCUGCCCGGGGCCCUCCCCGAGGAGCUGCCCCUCAUCUCCAGCCACGUGGAUAUGGACGGAGAGCCCGAGGAGGCCGUCGCCCCCGCACAGGUGGCUCUGUCGGUUGCCGAGUUUGGACUCAUCGGCAUCGGGGAUGUGAAUCCCUUCCUGGCCGCCCACCCUGUGUGCCCGGCCCCUGGGCUGCACUCGGAGCCCCUGUCACACUGUAACGUGAUGACCUGUUGAUCCCUGGCCACAGGCGGGCGUGUGUGGCCCAGAUUGGACUUGGGGCCCCUGUGAGGCCUGCCUGUCAGUCUUCCUGACCCUCCCCUCCUCGCGGGCCUCCGGUAGCCCCUCUGCUUAGAGCACGUCAAGGACUGGGCUGAGCGG